UGCCAUACCCGAGCAUGCAUACAAAAAUACCAUCGCAGUUAUUCAAUCAUUGUUUUUGUUUGCAACAUUUUGCUUUGAGUUGUGUUUUUUUUUUUCUCGCUGCUGCACUUACUUCCUAUCUCGGCAGAUUGAGUUUGUGCCAUUAUAAAAUGUAGUCCAAAAGUCAAUAAGAGAGAUAAUAUUCAGAGUAUACAAUUCAAUCGUUAAUCAUAUCAUACGGGAAAAAAUAAGCAAUUUUAAUGUGAAAAUCGAAGUGUAAAAAAAUGGUUUCCAGAAGGAAGAUGUUGCUAGUGUUUUGUGCAGCUAGUGGUGCCUUUUCAUUGCUAUGCGUUUGGUCCUACUUCAUUCGAAUGGAACGAUUUUAUUGGGAAGCGAAAACAACAGAGAAUGCGGCAUACAACUACGCAGAAGCAGAUGCACUCAAAUCGCACAAUGCACACGACAUUACUAACUCAUUUGAUGAUAAUUUAAUUGUUAUCUAUAAUCGCGUACCAAAAACGGGCUCCACCAGCUUCGUCAAUUUGGCCUAUGAUUUAUGCAGAAAAAACCAUUUUUAUGUACUGCAUAUUAAUAUCACCGCAAACAUGCAUGUCCUAUCACUUAAUAACCAAAUUAGCUUUGCUCGGAACAUAAGUGCUUGGAAUGAAAUGAAACCAGCGCUGUAUCACGGCCAUAUGGCAUACCUCGACUUUUCAAAAUUUCAAAUUCCACAAAAACCAAUUUAUAUAAAUCUGAUAAGAAGACCAAUAGAUCGUUUAGUGUCCUAUUACUAUUUCUUGCGAUACGGAGACAAUUAUCGACCGAAUUUGGUGCGAAGAAAAGCAGGAGAUAAAAUGACAUUGGAUGAAUGUAUAAAGCGGAAACAACCGGAUUGCGAUAUAAAAUAUAUGUGGUUGCAAGUGCCGUUCUUUUGUGGCCAUGCGGCUGAAUGCUGGCGACCCGGUAGCCAGUGGGCGUUAGAACAAGCCAAGUAUAAUCUAGUGAAUCAUUACUUUUUAGUUGGUGUAACAGAGGAAAUGGAAGAUUUCAUAUAUCUAUUAGAAUUAUCGUUGCCAAGAAUAUUUAAAGGAUCAAUGAAUCAAUAUCUGAACUCAAGUAAGUCACAUUUGCGUCAGACGACAUCAAAAAUCGAUCCGAGCCCGGAGACAAUAGCCGAAAUAAAGAAAACCGAUGUGUGGCGAAUGGAACAUGAUUUCUAUGAAUUUGCACUGCAACAAUUUCACUUUAAUUAUAAAUUGCAAAAUAAGAUAAAAGUACAGGGUCAAAGUUUGCCACAAAAUCAACAAUUCUUUUACGAAAAAAUUCGACCGAAAACAUAAGACAAAACAACAACAACGUCGAUCUCAUUUUACGUCUUAUAUAUGCACUAAAAGCGAUAAAUGACAUUUAACGGAGAUAUAUAGACACAUGAAAGUUAUUGAUAAAGUAGUUUGCCAUUCAACCAGAAUUGGUGACCAGAGAUUAUUAAAUUUAAUUUACGGAAUUAUUAAUACUCGACAAAAUGGUAUGUAGCGGCCACAAAAUGCUUAGAUAAUUAAUUGAUAUCGACUCUUGUUUGUCGACUGCACACACACACUUGAUAUUAGACUACCUGAAAUUAAUAUUAAGAAUAUUUUCCUAAUUAGACGGCAAAUUAAUGUCAAUCAAAAUGGCCACUUUAUCAGGUUAACGUUUUUUGUAUUUCCACUAAAAAAAGACCUAUUUUCUAGAAACGAAAUCAAAAGCAACUCAAUUAAUUUUUGUACGAAAUCAACAUCCACAUCACACUUUUUUUAUGUUCUCCAUUCGAUUAAAAUCGCGCUCUCUACGGUAGGUGGUAAGAAUAACAGACUCACAAUUAUGGUCAAAAUUUUAUAGUCACCAGUGAAUCUUUGAUUAAGUGGAAAAUAAAGACAUUUUAUUAUUCACAAA